AUGAAGUUCAUCCAUUUCACUAAAGCCACAACAAUUCUGAGCUUAUUUACAUCAUUAUGUGCGACUCAGGCCGUGAAUGAUGGAUAUGCAAUGUUUAAUUGUCAUGGUGUAAUAUUUUACUCAGAGAGUGUUUUUGCAUCAGCUGCAAAAGCACACAGCCUGACGCUCGGACAAGUAAAUCACUACCCAAUCGAAAUUAUCAGUAGCACAUUUAGUGGCCAAUCUCCGCAUAGAUUGUUUCCUAUGGUACUUGAUACCGAGGUUUACCAAGGUGGACCUUUAUCUUAUUUUUUCGUAGUUGUGGACAGAAAUGGCAGGGAGCAAGGCCUUGUAUUUAAUACUCAAAAUGGCUAUCAACCAUGUCAAUUAAUUCUAUAG